GCUGCAACCUGCAAGCGUGUGCUGUGUUUGCUGUUUGUGGAACCGAACUGAUCAAGCCACCGUGGCUUAUCAAAUCUUCAAAGCUUAAGGGAAGUGACUUACCCCAAAAAGGAAACGCUAGCCAGCUAAACACCUAGAACGCCACAUCUAUGACGUUCCCUAUUGGAUAUACACCAUCCACCUAUCCAAUUCAUGAGCUCCCAAUGAAGCCCGAUUAAAGACGAUGCUUUGACUUGCAGACCGACUCGUGCUCCUAGAAUUUCUUUUCUCUUUACCUUCACCUUACACUGCCGGCUCAGUACCUUUACCUACCUGCUAUUACGACUUUGAACGAUUAAAAUGGCCAAUAGAUCCCCCCCAGACUAUUACAGGAUCCUCGAGGUCUCUGAAAAUGCAACUACCCAACAGAUCCGCGAUGCCUAUAAACGAGCGGCCCUCAAAACCCACCCGGACAGAGUGUCCGCCAACUCUCCCGACCGCGCGGCCCGGACCCGCAAGUUCCAACUCGUGAACGACGCCUACUACACGCUGUCAGACCCGACCCGGCGGCGAGAGUACGACUACACACGGAAAGCGGACCGAGGCCGACGAGGCGGGCGGGGAUCCUACACAGACCCGUUCGACGACCCCGCCGAAUCAGUCCCGCCCACCAACGGUAACGGCAACGGCAACGGCGGGGGCCAGAACGCAUACUCCUGGGCAUGGAACUUCUUCACGGGAGGCAACACGAACACACAGCCGCAAGCGCGCGCAGAGCGGCAGCAGGCGGAGGACGCGCAGUUCGGGGACGUGUUCGAGGAGAUGUUGCGGGAGGAGGGGAUGGCGGGCGAUGACGCCACGCGUCGGGAUACCACGUUCUGGAGCAUGCUGGGCACGGCGAGUGGUAGCGUCAUUGGUUUCAUCGUGGGUAAUAUGCCUGGAGCCGUGGCGGGCGCCGUGGCGGGCAAUAGGCUUGGUGCGGUGCGUGAUGCGAAGGGGAAGAGCGUGUAUGCGGUUUUUCAGGAUCUGCCGGCGGAUGAUCGCACGAGGUUGCUGGCGCAGCUUGCUACGAGGGUGUUUAGUCAUGCUGUGGGGAUUUGAUGUGUGAGGGAAUGGAGGGGGGUAUGGGGUUAUGAUACAUGUUUAUGAGGGGAAUGGGGGAUGGGAGGGAUGAGGGAAUAUGAAUAGACUGCAUUCUUAGGGGGAUCGUGCGUGGAGUUCAGGCUUCGUUUUUUGAGGGGGCGAUGGAUAGGGGUGGGCUUGAUAGAGGUCUGGGAGAGCUGGCGACUGCUGACUGGUUUAGUCGGGGGUUGAGGUUCUUCCUACUUCGUACUUGAUAAUUACCUACUUCUUAAAUAAACAUGAUGUUACCUACUGAUACUUCCUGCGUCGUUACCUAGUAGUUCUUGUCUCAUGAUACAUACCUAGUUCUAGU